UAGCCCGAGCUGCGCAACUUGAUCACCUCCCUCUCCGGCCAGAUGUUCGCCCUCGCGAUGUCGUCCGCCGGCCUCGUCCCGGCCCAUUCCAGGCUGCAGCCACAGGCAGCCGCAGCCGCGCCCACGCGCACCUUUGUCCGCAUGAACGCCGCCGAGGAGGCGGCCAAGCGUGCGUGGCUCUCCAAGCAGGGGCUCGGCUUGCCCGGUGCUUCUGCAGGCAGGGGCGAGGCGGCGCUCUCGGUGCGCGGUGUGGUCGCGCCGACGGCCGACAGGCGCUCGGGCAUGCGGGUCCCCCCUACCCCUCCUACGAUGGAGUGGGGCGACCACAAAUCCGACUACAUCCCGCCGGCGGGAGUGGCGAGUGCUCGCGCAGCCCCCGCGCCAGCAGCGGGCCCGCGAGGCGUGCGGCCAUCGGAGGGGUGGGGCGACCACCUUAACUACUGACGCGCUGCAGCCGCCUCAGACCGCGCGAGCACGGCAUCCACCGCGCCGGCUGCUGCAGAGCAGAGAGGUUCUGCGUGGGUUGGAAGGAGGGGGGAGGCUGCAUUUGUGUGUGACCGAGGGCGUGGCAGCGGUGCAUGCACCGCGAGAGACACGGCCGCCGCCCGCUGUGUGAGAAUAUCCGUCCGAUCGAGGCGCGCCGGCGAUAACCCGGUCCACUGCCUAAUGACGAGCGCGCGGAGCGGGACCCGCGGCGGGGCCCGGCGCGUGGGGCGGAGCGAGUGGUUGUUUUGUGUUCUUCGUACUUACCAUGGAACUGGACGAA